UCUCUCUCUCUCUCUCUCUCUCUCUCUCUCUCUCUCUCUCUCUCGCUCUCUCACUCAAAGCUGGUUCUUAGCAAUCCGGCCUCAGUUUCUAUCACGACUACAGAAUCAAGCAAGGUCUCUCUAUCACUGCCCUAAAUUGGUGAUUUCUGUUCGUCUCAGUCAGGAUACGUAUUGCACUUGGAACAUUUGCAAGACUAACAAGGAAGGUGUAGCAUUCUCUUGGGAGAAAAGCCAAUUACUUCCAAUAGUUGCACGAAGAGCACUCCCUAAGAAUGUUGUUGAAGCAUUGAUUGAGUUGGCUAAUUUCUUUAGGCAACUAUGCUCAAAAGUAAACAAACCAUCUGACUUGAAAGAUAUUCAAGAAAGAAUUGUUCUUACACUUUGCCAUCUUGAGAAGAUCUUUCCAAUGUCAUUCUUUGAUAUUAUGGAACACUUGCCUAUCCAUUUAGCUGAAGAAGCAUGCUUGCGGGUCCUGUACAAUUUCGGUGGAUGUAUCCAAUUGAGAGGUUUUUAUUUACAUUAAAAGAAUAUGUUCGUAAUCGUGCACAUCCCGAGGCAUCUAUUGCUAAAGGGUACUUGAUGGAAGAAUGCAUGACAUUUUGCUCGAGAUACUUGGAUGAAGUGGAAACAAAGUCUAAUAGGCCUGAUCGAAAUUAUGAUGGUGGUACUGAUUUUGGUCGUCCUAUGGGUAAAGGAGUUAAAAUAAGCCUUGAUGAUGUUUCUAGGGCACAAGCACAUAAUUAUGUUCUAAUGAAUACAGAUUCAGUGCUUCCCUUUCGAAAGUAAGUCAUUCUUGAUUUUACAUAGAGUAUUUAGUGUUUUUGAAUCAAUUCUAACAUGUCCUUCUAUUCAGCCAACAUCUUCAAAUACUUGCGGAUCAAUGGCCUAAUAGAAACAAUCAAUAUAUCCAGAAACUUCACAUUGAAACAUUUAGCAAAUGGUUUAAAGAAUAUGUUUCAUUGCAGAUUUAUGGCACCUAAGAGAACAAAAUGUAUGUCUAUGGAGGAGUUGAUUCCACCUUCUCCUGUGAGACCAAGAAAGGGUCAGUCGCAAUCACGAUCAACUAAACGUACGUCUGCUUCUGGUCAGUAUAAACGGCCUAGAUCUAAUACUACUGGAAAUCAACAAGAAGUUCAAUUGGAGACACCUACAGCUGCUCAAUCAGAGACAUCGCAGCAUCAUGUGUCUGAAACUAGUCAGGAGGAGCCUGUUACAACUCAAUUACAUGAUUCAGGUCAAAUUACUCAAAGAGCUAAGAAAGGUAGAGGUGCUGCUUGUGGUAUGCCUGAGUGGGGAACUGGAAAACUAAUUCAUAUUGAGUUUGAUGCUAACUGGAUGCUUAUUAUUGAAAAUGGGAAGGGAUUUAGUUCACAACUUGGAAUUUUGGCGCGAGAUGGAGAGAAGGUUCCUCUAACAUAUACUUCAUGGAAUGCCAUGCCAGAAGAUAUUUUGGAUGCCAUUUGGAAAGAUGUCAAGGAUAAUACGGAUGUUCCGGAUGAGUAUAAACAACAUUGCUUAAAGGUUGUUGGUAGUAGAUGGAGGGACUGGAAGUGCCGAGUCAAGACACAAUGGUAUGAUAAAUAUGAAACGGAUGAGCAGCGAUUAACAUUCAUUCCUAGUCAGGUUGUUGGAGAGCAAUGGAAGAUAUUAGUAAAGUAUUGGGGUCUUCCGCAAAUAAAGGAAAUGUGUGAGACAAAUAAAUCUAACCGUGCACAAGGAGGAGGUGUCCCUCAUAGGACCGGUCGAAAAUCUUUUGCUAGACUACGAAAAGAGAUGAUGGAGAAUGGAGAGAAAACAGAUCGUGUCAGCAUGUUUGUCAAAACAAGAGCAAUGAAAACAAAGGAUGAUGAUGGUCAACCAAUUGAAAUUCAUGAUGAUGAGGCUACUGCUGUUAUUAGUCAAUUCAAUGAAUAUUUGGAGGAGAGGCCAGAAGAUGAACAAGAUGAUACUUUUCGUGAAGAGGUAUUCACUAAAGUGAUGGGAGAAGAUGCACAUGGACGUGUUCGCAUGUAUGGAACAAGUGUAACUCCAUCUCAAGUGUUUGGUAAUUCCAAAGCUUAUGAGACUAAUGAGAAAAGGACAAUUGAGGAAAUGGAAAGAAAAUACGAGGAAAUGGAAAAGAACUAUCAGACAAAGCUAGAUGAUCUUAAAUUGAGCCAUGAAUCUCAAUUGGGAGACAUGAAAUUAAAGUACGAUGAUGUAUCGAAUCGUCUCAAUCUUUUGAUGGCUCAUGUUGGUAUCCAAGUAAACCCAAGUGGAAGUACAAGUGAACAGGUUGGAGAAAUAUCUAGGAGUUGAUGCUGGAAGUACAAGAUGUUAAUAAAUUUUACAAUUAGCAUGCUACUCUAAACUAGAUCAUUUUGUUUAGUAUUUUGACUACUACUGUAUUUGCAGCGACAUUUUAGUUUGCAUGACUCAAGGCAUUUGUUAUACAAUUAUUAUAUAGAUUACUCUU